UGUGGGACAGAAAAAAGGAGAGGUGGCAAGGAAGGCUGUGGCAGAGCGGGAAAGAAGCUGCUGGUUGCACUUACCAUGGAAAUGCUUGUCCUUCUGUUGCUGGUGCUCCUGGACUUGGGGCAGACCCAUGGAGCACUUUACAGGGUGCCCCUCAGGAGGCAUCAGGCCCUCCGGAAGAAGCUUCGGGCACAGGACCAGCUCUCUGAGUUCUGGAAAUCCCAGAAUUUGGACAUGAUCCAGUUCACCGAGUCCUGCACAAUGGACCAGAGUGCCAACGAGCCCCUUAUCAAUUACUUGGAUAUGGAAUACUUUGGCACCAUCUCCAUUGGCUCCCCACCACAGAACUUCACCGUCAUCUUUGACACCGGCUCCUCCAACCUUUGGGUCCCCUCUGUGUACUGCACCAGCUCAGCAUGCAAGACACACGCCAGGUUCUACCCUUCCCAGUCCAACACAUACAGUGCGUCGGGGAGUCAUUUUUUCAUUCAAUAUGGGACUGGGAGCUUAUCUGGAAUCAUCGGAGCCGACCACGUCUCUGUGGAAGGACUGACUGUGGUCAGCCAGCAAUUUGGAGAGAGUGUCACGGAGCCUGGCCAGACCUUUGUGAGUGCAGAGUUUGAUGGAAUUCUGGGCCUGGGAUACCCUUCCUUGGCUGUUGGAGGAGUGACCCCUGUGUUUGACAACAUGAUGGCCCAGAACCUAGUGGAUGUACCCAUGUUUUCCGUCUACAUGAGCAGUGGCCCAGAAGGUAAUACAGACAGCGAGCUGAUUUUCGGAGGCUAUGACCACUCCCAUUUCUCUGGGAGCCUGAACUGGGUCCCGGUCACCAAACAAGGCUAUUGGCAGAUUGCACUGGACACAAUCCAGGUGGGAGGUGUUGUGAUGUUCUGCUCAGAGGGCUGCCAGGCCAUUGUGGACACAGGGACCUCCCUCAUCACAGGCCCCUCAGAUGAGAUCAAGCAGCUGCAAAAGGCUAUUGGGGCAGAGCCCGUGGAUGGAGAAUAUGCUGUGGAGUGUGACUACCUCAACGUUAUGCCAGAUGUCACCUUCACCAUCAAUGGAGUACCUUAUACCCUCCAACCAACUGCCUACACCCUCCUGGACUUUGUGAAUGGAAUGAAGUUCUGCCCCAGUGGCUUUCAAGGUCUUGACAUCCAGCCUCCAGCCGGGCCCCUCUGGAUCCUGGGCGAUGUCUUCAUUAGACAGUUUUACUCUGUCUUUGACCGUGGUGAUAACCGUGUGGGUCUGGCCCCAGCUGUUCCCUAAAUAGGGGGCGUGUGUCUGUACCUGCCUGCCUGCCUGAUACCCCUUGGAAAUCCAGCUGGGCCUGUUAGUUUGGGGUAUUCUUCACACCUGGAAAAAGUCAUUUUCAAUUGCAUGCAUUUGUGCCAGAGCUACAGCUUGAACUAAGACCAAGCAGAGCAUGAGAAGACACACAUACACACACACACACACACACACAGACACACAUCACACAUACAUACCACUCCCAUCACCGUCAUGAUGGAAUGAUUAAGUUGUAUGCCCAUACUUUUUACUACUUUUUGCUAACAUUUUAUUAUGGAAAUAUCCAAACAUACACCAAAGCAGAUUAUAGUGCAGUAAAUCCCUGUGCACCCCCAUCCAACUUUCACACUGGUCAGGCCUGUUUUAUCUGUACCACCACCCACUUCUCCCUCCAGCCCCACAUGUCUGCAUUAUUUUGAAGCAAAAUCUUAGCAUCACAUCAUAAAUCGUCACGUCAAGGAUUUAUCCAUAAAAUCCUUCUAACAUUCUUAAAUACGCAGUCAAUGUUAAUAUGUUCCCCAUUGUCUCAUAAAUGUUUGGUCAUGUUUACAGUAGACCUGCAGUAUUCAAACAAAAUCUACAAAUUGCAUUUAUUUGAAAUGCCUCUUCUGUCUCUUUCAUCUGUAGAAUUUACCACAUUCUGAAUUUUACUGGUUGAAAUCCAGAGGUGUCAGGUAAUGUGGUUCUCUGAGCCCAUCUUUCCUACAAAAUGGUAGUUAGAACUAGAGGCCUGAUUUUGUGGCAAGAAAACUUCAUAGAUGGUGCUGGAUAUAUGCAACAGUAUCCCAUCAGGAGGCAGGUAAUGCCUGGUGCUUCUCUAUUUAGAAUGUUAGGAUUGGUGAGUGGGUACGGAGUUGUUAGCCUCAUCCAUCCAUGACAAGUUUCCCUCUGGUAUUUCACCUAAAGGUUUCAGUAGCCAUUGACAAUCAUUGCUUAGAUCCACACUGUCAUUAAGGGUUUGGAAAACAGGGAUUUUUCUAAUUCUAUUUUUCCUCCUGUAUUUGUUAGCUGGGAUUCUUCUAUAAAAAAGAACACUUUUAUCAACUGUUUGCUCACCAUGAGGUAUAGCUCAUACAGAAAAGGCAAGAUUACUUGCUUUAUUUCCCCUUUAUUUACCAGUUUCAGAAUAAUAAAUGUUUCAACUUACUGCAGUUUUUUAAUGUCCAAAUCACCUACUUUAGCAAGUGCUUACCCCUUCAAAUUAGUUCCUGUGAAUUUUUGACUUGACUCAAUACAAGGCGAUGUCCUGGGCCCGUUUUCCAAGGAGUCCUGGUUCCUUGCAGUGUGUUCAUGUUUGUUGUGAAUGAAAAUAUUUCAUAGUAAAAGGUGGGGGAGGAAGAGAG